UUCUAUUUGUCCCUUAUCCUUUCCACAGUUGAAGAGAAGAAAGGAAACAGUGGAGAGGAAGAAGGUUCAGAAAAACUGCCUUCUUCCUCCCUCUUCCCUUUCUUCUGCUUCUUCUCCUCUAAUCAGGAGAAUGGGAAGACUAUCGAUUGGAUUUCUCCGCUUGAAUGAGCUGCUCCUCAGCUCUGCCGUCCAUCUUCUCUUCGGAUUCUAUAUCUUCAGCUCGGCGGUGGCCUCCGAUCUAUGGCAGUCUUUGCCCGGCGGCAUCCGUCCCUUUUCUCCUUCAAAUGAAGUUGUAAAAGAGGAGGAUUCGAAGGUUAAGAUGGCGGCUAUGGAUGUUUCCCCGCCGCCGCCGAUUGUUCUGGUUCACGGGAUUUUUGGAUUUGGUAAAGGGAGGCUAGGUGGUCUCUCCUAUUUCGCCGGAGCAGAGAAGAAGGACGACCGGAUCCUUGUUCCUGAUUUGGGAUCUUUAACUAGCAUUCAUGACAGGGCACGGGAUUUGUUUUACUACUUGAAGGGAGGGAAGGUGGAUUAUGGAGAAGAGCAUAGCAGUAUAUGUGGCCAUUCUCGCUUUGGCAAGCUUUAUGAACAAGGAAAUUACCCUGAGUGGGAUGAACAUCAUCCAAUCCAUUUUGUUGGUCAUUCUGCUGGAGCUCAAGUUGUUAGGGUUUUGCAGCAGAUGCUGGCUGAUAAGGCAUUUGAAGGCUAUGAGAACACUUCUGAGGAUUGGGUGCUAAGUCUUACUUCCUUAUCUGGAGCCCUUAAUGGAACCACCAGAACCUAUUUUGAUGGAAUGCAGCCAGAAGAUGGGAGAUCAAUGAAAACAUUCUCUCUUCUGCAGCUAUGUAGAUUGGGAGUCAUAAUGUAUGAUUGGGUUGACAAUGCUUUCCUUAAGAACUACUACAAUUUUGGUUUUGAUCACUUUGAAAUGGGAUGGAAGAAAUCUGGUUUCUUAGGCCUCAUUGAUUUACUCUUAGGGAAUUCUGGUCCAUUUGCUUCAGGAGAUUGGAUUCUGCCCGAUCUUACAAUUCAGGGAUCAAUGAUUUCAAAUGCGAGUCUGCGAACUUUUCCAAAUACAUACUAUUUCAGCUAUGCGACAAGGCGAACAAGGAAGAUUAUGGGAAUCACCGUGCCCUCGAGUUUGCUUGGAAUUCAUCCGUUGUUCUUUAUCAGAGUCUUGCAGAUGUGUCAAUGGCGUUAUCCUAAAGAUUUGCCGCCACCCUACAAAGGUUAUAGGGAUGAGGAUUGGGAAGAUAAUGAUGGAGCACUCAACACUGUAUCAAUGACCCACCCUCGAUUACCAGUGGAACACCCGAGUCAAUUUGUCAUUGAUGAGUCGAAGUGUAAUCCUUUGCAACCCGGGAUAUGGUACUACAAGAUUGUCGAAGCGGAUCACAUAUUUUUCAUUAUAAAUCGGGAGAGAGCAGGAGUUCAGUUUGAUCUUUUGUAUGAUGGCAUCUUUGAGCGCUGCAGAAAGCAUGUUUUCCGGACAACACCGCCACCAAUAGUUCCGAAUCAGAUUAACAAUUAGACUAUUUUUUUCACCAUAUUUAGUGAAAGUUUAAUUCCCAUGAGAAAAAUUUCUUCUCUACAUUUUUAAGAAGGAAGAUUUACAUACAUACCAUUCAAUUCUUAUGUAUUCACACGUAAACAUCGGUUUUUCUUAGUUGUGCAUGAAAAUGUGUAUUUCACUCUUUAAAAGUGAUAUUUUUGAUGU